AUGCAUCGCCUGCUGGAGAUGAUGGAGGAAGCGAACGCGGGGAUGUGUAGCAGUCUCAAGACCCUCGCAUCUGUGACACGGUCGUCCGCGCCCUCGUCUUCGUCCACUUCACCGGCGUCCUCGACUCCGACUACAGUUCCAACAGCUGCGGCCCCGUCAUCCACAACCGCACGGACUGCAGCGCCUACACCGACCUCCAUCACCAUGCUCGGUGCCAUCGACGAGUGUGCAGUCACGUGGUCUGCCUGCUGCAGCCACGCUACGGCGUCACCGGCGUACACCGCUCUCACCACUUCGCCGGCCGAACCCACCGCUACACCGACCGUGGCCGCCCUCGACGUUCACCACGUGGCCACACCAGCAUCAGCUAUCUCAAGCACAGAGGACGAUGCCAUCAACACUUCACCCAUCAAGCGUUCGACACAUUGCAUCUCUGUCAACACCGGCAAUGACCAUGCUCUUGUUGCGUCCCUGCAUAGUGAGGCCGCGCCCAAGGACUUUCCAGCUCUGACGUUGCUCUUGCCACCAGCCUCUCUGGGUGCUCAGUUGGUGUUUGAUGAAAUGCCAAACAGGUACACCACCAUCGUUUACCCUGCUCACUCAAAUGGUGUUUCUAUGUCUGGGAUUUCCACCAAUGUUCCUGAGGUCCUUGUGGUGAUUGAGAAAGUGUCUGGGCAAACUUCAGAGGUAUUAUAG